AUGUGGUCCUUCCUGGUGCUUGACCUGCAGCGGCCCCGCCCCCGCUGUCCUGGGCCCGCCCUGCGGCUGGGCACUGCAGCUCUGCCCUGCAGUCCUGCCGGCCUUCCGCGAGGCCCGGAGGAAAGACGGUGCGGAGACUCGGAGGCAGUCACGCCCCGCGCGUGCGGAGAAGGCCCCCACCCCGAGUCUCUGCAGACGUUUCUGCGCACGAGGGGGACAGGACACAGCUGCCGCCUCUUAAGUCCUAGUCCUUCUGCUGAGCUAAGAAUAGCCCUGCCCGGCCCGGGCGGUGCCCUCGGGACGAUCUGCCAACAAGGCGGAGCCGACUGCGAGCAGGCCCUGCCUGUGCUGGCCCUCAACGUGGGACGCGGGGUGGAGGGGGUCGGGGGACCCUUUCCCGGGGAUUCCGUGGGGAAUCUGCUCCUGUGA